CGGGAACGUGCCAGUCAACCAGAUGCUGCAGGAUCUGAACAGGGAAGUGACCAAGAAGGCAUGAGCGAGCCGGAAGUCCAAAAGAACAGCCUCGCACUCUACUUCACCAAUGAUGUUUGCCUGGGUAUAACAUCUCACUCUCAAGCUUAAAACAGGUCUACUGACAAACUCCUAGCCUCCCUGUCAACGGCCUUACAGCCCUUCUCUGUCCUAUCUCUGUCUGGUUCCAUGACUACGUAUCUGUUGAGUCGACAUUACUCACUCUCACUUAUUACCUUCGCCCGCACCGUCAUAUCAAUCAUGGAGAACUCCUCGACCAUAACCUUCCCCAUAGCCGCCAGCUUCCUUGCCAAAUAUCCCCUCAGCCUUAUCCCCGACCCCAUCGCAGCACUUGGCCUUUCCGGCGUCUCCACACAAUUCGCUUUUACGAUCCCUUGUUAUAUCGCCCUCGUACUGGUGCCUAUUAACACGACAGAUCCAGCAUCUGCCUUCCCGCUACUUUCGGCGUCGAUUUUAUUGUCCCUGGGAUUCAGUGGGUUUGGCUCCUGGACGCACAAUGUUGCUGUCCAGCAGAUUGUCCAGACACGGGUGUCGGCAGCGCGCCGUGUCGGGUUUGCAGGCGUCGAGACGACCUUCGCCAGUGCCGCAGAAAUCAGCCGGUGGGCUUCCACCGCAAUAUGGAGCCGGCCAGAGCAGUUCGGAGGCGUCGCCACUGGCAGACUGGUCAGUGUUGUCAUUUGUUGGCUGUUGUAUGCUGUGUGGAUUGUGAGGCUUAGGAGGAAGAUUGUUCUAGAGACGAGCUAGGAUCCUAUUAUAUCUUGGUCUCAGGGCUAUAACAGCAUCUGUCUGCACCCUUAAUUCAUUUUCUUCCCGCUCAAACGCGCGAACCUCGUCAUUACCGGAGUAGCAAAAUGAGGCGGC